GUUUUCUAUCGUUCCAGCGCCAGCGUCCAUUGAUCGCACAUAAGAACUUACCGUUGCCUGGCAAGGAUACGAUGCAGCUCGCGAUCCUGUUCGUGUCUCUGAGUGCGAUUGCGGCCAUCGCUGCAGCGUACCCUUCCUUGCGUGCUGUGCCGAACCCGUCGGCGUUUGGCGAUCAAGACGUGUGGGUCUUCUCCCGAGUGUGGUAUCCCGAGAUUUGCGCCACGACGCCCGGGAAAGCGGUCUGCGCGGCGCCACCAAGCUUUCUCAAAAAUCACUUGGUCGCGGGCGACUUGAUUCCGGCGUACAAGGACGGAUCGAUGCAGUCGGGCUUGUGCCGCUACGAGUACGGCACGUUUCGUCCCACCAACAUUGCGCUUGUCGGCCAAGACAAGCUCGCGCAGUACUGGCCCAACCCCGAGGCGACCGACGCCAGUGCCAUGUGGUCGGGCGGCUUUGACGGCAACACGCCCGAGUAUGCGUGGACGUGCGGCGGCUUGCACCAAGGCGCCUACUUGCAAAAGAUUGUCGACCUCACGAUUGCGCUCGGGACGCCGUCGAUCUUGAGUGACCACGUUGGCGACGCGGUCGACACGGUGGCUCUGCGCUCGGCGCUCACGACGGCAACGGGCGCGGCGCCCGUUUUGAUCUGUCAUGGAGACGACCUCGCUCGCGUCUUGACGUGCUACGGGAAGGCCCAACCCGACUUGCAUGCGACGUCGGACCCGAGCUAUGGACCUACGGACGCGAUCGCGUGCCCGCCAGGAUGGCAAAAACAAGACUCGUGCGCGGGCAAGACCGUGCACGUGACAUCAUUCUAAGCGCGACACCGUAGCUUUUUCGAAUUCUAACCUCCAUGUAUGGCUCAUUGUGCUCUUCGUGAGACGAAGAUGAGAUUGUCAGUCUCGCAAAAACAGACGCAAGCGGUCGACCAUGAUGCAGCCAACACGUUGAAGAUCUAUAUGAAAAUGAGCUUCU